CAGCCGGAGGAGGAAGGCCCACCGAGUCAUCACUUCAACAGAUCUCCCGCUCGACGUGAGACGGAAUCAUAAGAGGACAAGUCCCCGGCCACCUGGACAUAGUCUGCCAAGAUGGAUGUGUUCAUGAAGGGUUUGUCUAAAGCCAAAGAGGGGAUGGCCGUGGCCGCGGAGAAGACCAAGGAGGGGGUGGCGGUCGCAGCCGAGAAGACUAAAGAAGGCGUGAUGUUUGUAGGUAACAAGGCCAAAGACGGCGUGGGCUCAGUGGCUGAGAAGACCACCGGGGCCUACGGGAACAUCGUUGCUGCCACCGGCCUCGGGAAGAAGGACGACUUCCCUGCCGACAUGAACCCGGAGGAGUACGGGCAGGAGGCCGUGGAGGGCCAGGGAGAGGCCAUGCUGGAGCCAGAGGGGGAGACAUAUGGGUCCCAGCAGGGGAGGCAGGACUACGAGCCAGAGGCGUAGGAGCUCCAGUCAGAAGACACCAACCAACCAGCAGCACAAUAACAUUUAUAAUAAUAAUAAAAAUGACAAAAUGCUGAAACUAUCACUAUUGCAUCCCCGUUGCAAAAAAAAAUAAUCUACGAAAUAAGACAAGCAUUCCCACUGAAAAAUGUUCUUCCUUCAAGAGAAAUCUUUUAUUAUUAUAUAUUGUAAAAUGUCUUGUUAUUAACGUGACGUGUUGGGUGUAGGUAAUUAUUGAGGCGUAGGAUUCUCUGUCUCAUUUCCUUGACUCCCUCCCAAUGAAAUGAGACCGGAGAAGGGCUCGUGAUGUUGUUCUCCGUGUGUGUGUGUGCGUGCGUGCGUGUGUGUGUGUGUGUGUGUAUUUAGAAAUGUGCAAUAGAUGUUUGUCAUCUUCCAACGAGACGUUGGGAGCGGAAAAAAUAAAUAUGUCCGGUUGCAAGAUAUGAAAACAAUAAUCUCCUCCUAAGUGUCGACAGCCUGUUCGUGGGUUCUUUAUUUUUCUCGUUUUGCAUUCCUCUGGAAGUUUCUUUACCUUUUUGAAGUAAGAGUUUUUUUACAUUGUAUCUUUAUAUUUGCUCGUGAAAUCAUUCCAGUAAACGUGUGACCUCUGAAAGAGUGUACAUGUCUGUGUGUGUGUGUGUGUACUGAAGAUUUUAACAAGUUAAAGUCAAUAUAUUAUGUCUUGAAAUCAUAAUGGUUGUCAUAUCAAUAUGUGCUUUCAAUUGCAGGACUUGUCAAUAUAAAGGUUCAUGUGUUAAGCCAGACAUACAUUCCUCUGUAAAUAAAGAUUAAAAGAAACAAAAAAAA